AAAAAGUCCUGUGGCAUUUUGUUUAAUGAACAGUUUGUUCCCAUCACUAUAAUAUUGACUGAAGGGGUAUCUUCUAAAUUGUUAGCAUUAUAACAAUUGACAAACUACUUGGUGCGUGAGCGACAGUUACGGGCACCACGUAAAGGACGUCCUGGCCACUCCUUGCUAAAAACGUCUCUCACGUUUCAGUUUUCCGUAGAAAUUCAAUACGUGCAGUCGAGCCCAUCGUCAAAUGCUUUCAAUUACUAGUACAAUCGCUCCAAUUUCUAAGAAUUUUACAUCACCUACACGCCAAGUUGCCGAUUAGUGCAGACAUGGGAGUCAAUUCUCGACGUAAUCAUUUGCUGCCAAUACCCCGUUAUUAAUACAUUUUAUUUUGAAAUUAACCAUCCCAAUGUCAACAUUUUGAGCACAAAGGAUUUCACUCGCCGAAAAUAUAUAAUUACGACAAAAAUUAGCACGAAAAAUUAUAUUUUGCAAAGUGCGUGAAAAUGAAUUAAUACACCACAUAUUAUUAUUGUUACCCCGAAGCAAAUGUGGGUGGAAUAUCUGCAGCUUUAAAUUAACCAGUUUUGAUAGGUUACUUUGAGAAAAGUGAUCGACAGUAAUACACAUUUUUAAACACCACCUUAACUGGCAGAAUUGAUUUUUGUUUGCACUGCCCUGUUUGGUAGCAGAUUCCUUGUGCUGGGGAAGGGGAGAAUAACGAAUGGGCCUGAUAACGGCUCAGGGCAUGAAAGAGGAAAGGGACUGUGUGGGCAUUAAGAGACUACAGAAAACAACUAGUUACAAUUUCUGAGAACAUUUAAUGUAACCAUGUUAAUGAUUCUACAGGGAAUAGCACAUUACUUCCUUGAGAGAAUGAUUUACAUAAAAUGAAAUUCUGCAUUUACAUCUGAGAGUUUUAAACGUAGCCAACACAAUGCAGGAGACUAAUGGCAAGACAGAUUAUGACUGGCAUCUGGCAAGAGAAGGUAUUCAGCUCCUCCUUAACAAUAAGAUAACUGAGGCUGAACAACUCUUUGGGGAACGAAAAGAUAAUGUCCAGAUGGCAGCUGGAUAUUGUUUUGUAACAUUCAUGAACGCGCUAAUGACGUUUGAAGAUGAUAAACUUCAAGAAUCUCUACAAACACUGCGUGAUAUGGAAAAGAGGUGUGCCCAAGAUAUAGGCUGGCUGAAAGCAGUAAGAAACAAAAUGUUUGGAAGUGAUAACUCAUUGGAACGGGCUCAAGCAGAGAAGCUGGAAGAGCAGAUUAUCUUAGCAGACUCACAAGUGUGUGUUGCCCUUCUUACAUUCCUCCAGCAAGACCUCACCAGCUAUGUUAAAGGGGGGUGGGUCCUUCGUAAGGCCUGGAAAGUAUAUCAGCAUACUUAUUCCCAAAUUCUGCAGCUCUACAGAAAAACAUUUGGUUACGAUGAUGUUCCAGGUUCUCAGUUUCCAUCAUGGAAGGUUAUUACUCGUGGUCCCAGUAAUCCAAACCUGCAGAGUCCGACAUCUGAAUGGUCUGUUCCAUCUUGCAACAUUUCAGCUCCGACACCAAGUGGAAGUACUACACCUAAUGGAAGAAGUAAUGGCUUCCGCAAUCCAUUUUCCAUUCUAUCUUCAUUCAGUUUACAUUCAGAUGGUAAUUCAAAUGACAGUGCACCCCCCGAAGUCGUAUCAAGAUUAAUGUCAGCAGUCAGUUUUGGUUAUGGAAUCUUCCAACUUUGCAUUUCUCUUCUCCCUCCUUCAUUGCUCAAGUUGAUCCACUUCCUUGGAUUUGAGGGUGACCGUCAAGUGGGCAUUGCAGCUCUCAUGUUUGCUCGUCAAGGUCAUGAUAUGAGGGCACCGUUAGCAUCGUUGGCUCUCCUGUGGUAUCACACCAUUGUCCGUCCAUUCUUUGCCCUGGAUGGGUCCAAUGUCCAAGCAGGGGUAGAAGCAGCACAGAAUCUGAUAAGAGAAUCUCAACCAGACUUUGGACAAUCAGCACUGUUCCUAUUCUUUAAAGGCCGUGUUGAAAGGCUUAAGUCUAAUAUUGAUGAUGCCAUUGAAGCAUACCAGGCAGCAGUGGUGAAAUCUCCACAAAGAGAAAUUCAGCUGCUGUGUUUACAUGAAGUUGGAUGGUGUCAUCUGAUUCAACUGGACUGGAAUCAGGCACAUCAAUGUUUCUUACAGCUCAAACUUAGGUCACGAUGGUCGAAGAGCUUCUAUACUUACCUCGCUGCAGUUUGUACAGGGGCAUCUGGCAAUCUGAAUGAAGCAAUCAGGUUAACACAAGAAGUAGCUGAAUUGUCAGCAUCAUCACAGCAACGCAACACCCAGUUGGAAACGUUUAUCUUGAGGAGAAUUAAUCGUUUUCCUGGGGAACAAGACAGUGAAAAAUUUGACCACACCUACUACAGACUUUUGGCCUUUGAACUCCUCUUCCUGUGGAAUGCUCUCCCAUCUUGCAGUAUUCAGCACAUAAAUAAUCUCUUGGAAGACUGUCAGUCAGCUAGUCAGGAUCCCAUGGUGGGUCUCCACCACCUUGUCAUGGGGGCUGCUCAGUGCUGUCUGGGACUCCAUGAAGAAGCAGUAGCCAGCUUCCGGACCUGUCUUGCGAAGCGAGGUGAAUUAGAAACUUGUGAAAUUGGAGGAGGGAUGACAGGACAAACUGCAACAGGAGACCAUCACAUUUCAGCCUUUGCCCUUUAUGAACUCGGUAUCCUGCUGUGUAAAAAUCCUAAAACUGCUGAGGAAGGAAAGAUAUUACUUCUUCAAGCUGAAACUAAUUACAAAGGUUAUGACUUUGAGAAUCGCUUAAACGUCCGUAUCCACGCAGCGCUGAGGAACAUUGUAUAAUAUGGACAACUCUAGUAUCUGCUACAUUCACUUUAGAUAUAAUUAUUUUAAGGUUCGUGUACUUCAGAGGUAUUGUAUCUCGAUAGGUAUGUUUGAUAAAAAUUACAUAUUAUCGCAAGGUGGGGUAUACUUUCUUUUUAAGUAAAAUGUGGCAGUGACAUUUUACCUAAUUUUUAUAUAUAGUAUUUAAGACUGUUCAAGUGGAAUAACUUAAAAUCACACUGUUUAUUUGCAAAACAAAAUUAAAGAGGUAGUCUUAUGGAACAGAAUAACGUGCACGUAUAUGAGCAAAUCAUGAAAAAUAAUAUUUCUGUGGUCCAUGUAUCACACUCUGUGCGUGUGCAUGUACCUGGGAAGAUUAAUACUAAAUGUUUUAUAAAAAUGAAAGUUAAAAUAAAUUAAAGAGUAGCUUGAGCUUAAAUAACUAGCCUACAUAAUGAUGAUACUUUCAUAUUUUAUACUACUUAAUAUAUAAUAUACAGGCCUACUUAAAUCAAAGGCUAAUUAUAUAUAUAAAUUUAGAAAAGUUCAGACUAUAAUCUAACUGACAAUACGUGUGUUCAUAGGUUGCAAACAUAUUUGUAACAUUGAUAAAACUCGAAUGGUAGGUGUUAUAAACCCUUUCAACAUUUAACAGAAACAUUUGCUUAUAAAAUCUAGUACAUAAAUUAUAACAUAUGUAAGUACCCCAAAUGAAAUUAAUCGUUUAUGAAUUCAAUACUGCAGAGAUUUUGAAGUUAUUUUUUGAAAGCCUUGUGGCUAUAAAAAAUGGUAUGUUUUUUUCUCUUUCUAUGAAUAGUAUCAUUAUGUCUGAUAUUUAUAAAGGAUUACUACCCUAUUAAUUUCAGGAACUCUCAGUAUUAUUACAAAUUUGUGAUCCAUCUGAAAGAAAUAUCAAUGUAAACAGAUGUUCAAUGUAUAAAAUGCAAGCAGUGGGAUUUGAGGAAGGGAGGCAGAAGGGGUUGUACUGAUUUCCAUUUCAUGAUAAAUUUUAUAAACAGCUUCAUUUGGGAAAUAUUUCAAAGCAUCAUCAUAUACAAGCACAUAACAUUUAUAUAUUGUACAUAGUUACACUAUCCUCUUUUCCACUGCUUAAUCAUCAUUUCUCACCCUCCUUAUGAUAAGUGCAUUCCAAUUUUGUGCACACAAUAUUUAGCUCAGCACUGUAUAUAUUGAUGGUUGAUAUAUAUAAAAAGAUUGUGAUCAUUUUUGUAACAAACUGUAACAAUGUAUAAUCAAGUAACAAAAGUUUGCCACUAAACAUUUUAUUAUGCUAUGAUUUGGAUGACACUGGUGAAAGGUGUAUGAAGGUGGAUGACUGGCGUCUUCAAGGAAAUUAAAAAAAUGCAGGUAUCAAGAUCUGAGUGGUAUAAUGGGUCCAAAGAGAAGAUGAUAAGUCACAGAGAAAAGGUGUCUGAUUAUCAGAAUGCAGUAAGAAAGUUAAAUAAAUGUGAAACAUAUUUCUAUUCUAAAAUGCAAGAAAAAUAUUAAAGAAAAAAGCCACGUAACUUCCCACUGGAUUUUAGCAGACACUUUGAUAGUUCAAAAGCUGAAAAGUACAUACUGCAAUGUUACAUGCACAGUAUUACAUGAGGCAAGGAAUAUUUUAUUGUCUUAUGCUGAUUUUAACAUGUAAUCACAUACAUUAAAUAAAAUUUGAACUGUGAGAUUUA